AUGUGUAGUCUGUGGGGGACACAGCUUGGUGAGCUGAUGCUCUUUGUUCUGGUCACAGAGGCAGCUCUCAAACCAGCAAUGCCUCCAGUGAUCAAGGACCAGCCUUUCAACAUUUUCUGGGCUGCUCCUACCUUCUUUUGUCAGGAACGUUUUGGUGUAAAUAUGAACCUUCAAGUAUUUGGCAUCAUUCCAAAUCCUUUAGAAACCCAGAGUGGAUCCACAAUUGCCAUAUUUUAUCCAGAUGAACUUGGAUAUUACCCUUAUUUCUCUGAAGAUAGAAGAUCCAUCUAUGGUGGAAUACCCCAGAAAGGGAACCUCUCUGAGCACCUCAAGAAAAGCGCCAGUGACAUUGCAGACACUGUCACCUGGUGGAGAUCAGAAGGACUUGCUGUGAUUGACUGGGAAGGCUGGAAGCCCCAGUGGGAUAGGAAUUGGGGCAGCAGGAUAAUAUAUAAAAAUCACUCAUUAGCUUUCACUCGACACCACCAUCCUGACUGGUCAGAAGCGAAAGUGAGAACAGUUGCACAACAGGAAUUUGAAAAUGCUGGAAGGAGUUUUAUGAACAUUACUCUCACAUUAGCUUUAGAAAUGAGACCAAAACGUUUAUGGGGCUUCUAUCUCUACCCAGACUGCUACAACUAUGAUUACCGGAUAAAUCCAGAGUUCUACACAGGUCGUUGCCCAGAUGAUGAAAUUUUCCACAAUGAUCAACUCUUGUGGCUGUGGGAAAAAAGCACAGCACUCUACUCUUCGAUAUAUUUGAGUAAAAUAUUAAAAUCGAAUUUAAAUGCACUAAAAUUUGUUCAUUUUCGAGUGAGAGAAGCCCUGAGAGUUGCUGAAAUGGCUAGAAAGGACUAUGUUUUGCCAGUUUUUGUUUUUUCCAGACCAUUUUAUUUGCAGAGUUUUGAAGCUCUGUCAGAGGAGGACCUGGUGCACACAAUUGGAGAAAGUGCUGCAUUGGGGGCAGCAGGAAUAAUAUUGUGGGGAGGACACGAAUAUUCUGAGUCAAAGGAGGCUUGCUUAUCUGUGCAACAAACUAUUCAAGGGCUGUUGGGCCCUUAUGUUUUCAAUGUAACGUCUGCAGCGAAGCUCUGCAGUCAAAGUCUAUGUAAUAGUCAUGGUCGAUGUGUUCGAAAGACAGUGGAAUCCUCCUUUUAUCUUCAUAUGCCUGAAGAUAGCCACAAGAGUUAUGUCAUAAACAAAGGUUUCAAAUUUGUCACUUCUGCAAGGAGUAAGCUGAAGACAAUAAUGAAUAUGAAGAAUGGAUUUGUGUGUCACUGUUACUAUGGCUGGUAUGGAGAGUCCUGCAGAUCUCACUUUCCAAAUCUCUUGAGUCGGAAGAACAAGGCUCCUGUAACUGCAUUUAAUUCAGUAGUAUUUCUUGGCAUGACUUUAUGUGUGAUUCUAAUGAAUUGUUUUAUUAUUCCCUACUAUGAUGUCAGUUUUUUCUUAAAAUACUAA